AACGCCAACAUGGGCCACACAAAACAGUACUCGGGACUGCAGCUACUCUUGAUCCUGGGAUCAGGAGUUCUCGCUGGAGUUAGGGAUUACGGUGACUUGGCUGGCAAAUGGCUGGUGUACUACGGAGAUCUAACAGAGCUACGAUUGUCGGAGGGCGAGAGUCAUCAGCUAACAUUGGAGAUAACCAAUGUAAACCCCGUGGACACAGCUGCUGACUAUAGUUUCUAUAUAUACUCGCAGGACGAGGCGAAAGCUUCAUCUUUGCUCACCGUAAAAAAAGAAGAGUUCGACUUCUCCGGCACCUGGCGGGGUCCAGUGGAGGUGAAAGGUGUACGUUUCGGUUACAGCGAUCUGCUGGUGGAUCUGCAAUUGGCAUCUGGCGAAAAGGAGUCCUAUCCGAGUCCCCUGCCCCUGGCGAUCCUGAGAUCUCGUGUGGUGGACGAACGCGUCACCACAUAUGUGUCGGCAGCUUUGGCUCUGCUUAUGUUCCUCAACCUGGGCACUGUGCUGGAUCUACAUCGGCUGGCCGGGAUUGUGUGUCGUCCUGUGGGACCUGUAGUCGGUGUGGUCAGCCGGUUUGCCAUAAUGCCUGCUCUGGGAUUCGGAUUGGGUUGUGCUCUGUGGCCUGGCAGGUGGCCCCUGCAGCUGGCGCUCUUCUACGCAGCACUGGCACCGAGCGGCGGUCUGGCCAACAUUUGUACGGUGUUUCUUAAGGGUAAUGUGAACCUAUCGGUGGCCACCACCACAAUCAACAGUCUGCUGGCAUUGGCCUUUCUGCCCCUCUGGAUCCUGGUGCUUGGCAGGCUGCUCUACGAGGAUGAUGAGCUGGCGGUGCCUUUUGGACAGCUAUCCGGCGGAGCGGCUGCUUUGGUGGCCUGCCUAGCCAUUGGCAUAAUGCUCCGACUGUGCGUACCCAAGACAACACGUCUCAUUUUCCGCUUCCUGAAGCCACUGUCGGUGGUGCUCUCUCUGUGUCUGGUGGGUCUGACGGUGGGCCUGAAUUGGUUCGUCUUUCUGGAGUUUACCUGGCAGGUUCUGGUGGCUGCUUUGAGCCUGCCUUUGGCUGGCUACCUGGCCACAUAUCUCCUGUCUAUUCUCUGCCGCACAGGCACCGACGCCCUUACCCUGGCCAUCGAGACUAGUGUCCUUAAUAUGACCAUGCCCAUUGUCCUGCUGCAGUCCAGUCAGCUGGAGCAGCCACAGCUGGAUCUUGUGCUUGUGGUUCCUAUUGCGUCUUCGUUGUUCUCCCUUCUUCUGGUCAUUGUGUUCUAUGGGGUGCGUCGUUGUCUGGGCUGGAAUAAGCGAUUGGAUGAGGAGGGCUUUGAUCACAAGCAACUGAUUGCGGAUCAGGAGAGCGAGGGUACGACUGCCUACCAUCAGCAGCCCUAAAGCAGCCUUAGUUUUAGAAUGUAGAAAACUAUUUAAUUUAGUUUAGCAAAUGUAAUCUAGUUUUUUAGUACGAAUAUUUUGUAUAAUUCUUCUUGUUUGCUUUAUAUCCUGUGCGUUCAUGCUGACUUCCGCUUUGCCAA